AUGGUCUAUCCAGCAUCAGUAUUCAUCACUGGAGCGAACAGGGGCAUCGGAUUUGCUCUGGUGCAAGCAUUUCUCAAAAUCAGUGUAGUGCAACAUGUCUUCGCUGGCGUAAGGAAUCCCGAUGGUGCUAAGGACUUGAAGGCCAUCAGUGACGACAGACUGAAAAUCGUAAGAAUUGACCUUGAGAAUGACCAGUUAAUCAAGAAUGCUUAUGCUCAGGUGGAGAAGGUUGUCGGAGACCGUGGAUUGAAUCUUCUAGUAAAUAAUGCAGGUGUAAUGACGUCAUACUCUGCCAAUGGACCAAUUUCCAGAGAAACAUUGGCAAAGUGCAUUAAUGUAAAUACAGUGGGUACGACCAUUGUCAGCCAGACUUUCCUUCCUCUUCUGAAAAGAGCUUCUGCCCGAGUUCCAGAUGAUCACCAGGGUAUAGAUCGAGCUGCAAUCAUAAAUAUAUCUAGUGGCUACGGCUCCAUCAGCCAGAACCACGACGGGUCAGGUUCUUCAGGUGCUCUUGCCUACAAAAUCAGUAAGGCUGGUGUCAAUCAGCUCGGUAAAACGAUGGCUGUCGAUUUGGCCGGUGAUAAAAUAAUCGUGACGCAAUUCCAUCCUGGUUGGGUGCAAACUGACAUGGGUGGACGAAACGCUCCUACCACUCCAACAGAGUCUGCUACUUCAUUGGUCGACUCAAUGUCCAAGCUGCAAAAACAACACAGUGGCGGAUUUUACGAUCGCCAUCUCAACGCCAUUCCUUACUAAGCAGGAGGUUUUGAAUGCAAAUAUUGGCUCUCCAUACAGUGUCUCUAAUUGUAGUCAUUCGUUCGUAAGAUACCUAGGAAGAGUUUCUAUGUGCUCUCUUCUUUGAACCUGGGCAU